GUUUUCAUUUCGGCUACAAAACACAAAAUUACUAUACGUGUUAUCAAUGUGAAUUAUUUAUCAGUGUGAAAAAAUUGUUGAAAUUUUUUAACGUUGGAGCAUACGCCAAUUCUCCAAUCAAUAAUUAUCAAAUUGUCUACUCAGUGACGAGUGUCGAGCGACGAGCAUUGAGGACGAGUAGAAAAUAGUGUACUGUGUAUAUCAAAUAUUACUUACUUAUUAUUUACAUACAUAAUAAGUAAUAACAAUAACAUACACUACACAAUUAUUAUACUAUCUUUAGUUUUUGCAUAAACAAUCACUGAGUUUAGCUGUUGUUGAUUGCUGCUGGCACACGCCCCUAUAAUCCAAGAAGAUAAGUUGAAAAGUUAAAAUAUCAAAAUGACGGAUAGCAAGUAUUUUACCACCACAAAAAAAGGUGAAAUAUUUGAAUUGAAGUCUGAACUGAAUAGCGAUAAAAAAGAAAAAAAGAGAGAAGCUGUAAAAAAGGUUAUUGCGUCUAUGACGGUUGGGAAAGAUGUGUCUGCUCUAUUUCCUGAUGUUGUAAAUUGUAUGCAAACUGAUAACUUAGAACUGAAGAAACUUGUUUAUUUGUAUUUGAUGAAUUAUGCUAAAAGCAAUCCUGAUAUGGCUAUUAUGGCUGUCAAUACGUUUGUUAAGGAUUGUGAAGAUCCAAAUCCGUUAAUACGUGCUUUGGCAGUGCGCACCAUGGGUUGCAUCAGAGUCGAAAAAAUAACCGAAUAUCUAUGUGAACCAUUGCGUAAAUGCUUGAGAGAUGAAGAUCCAUAUGUACGUAAAACAGCUGCAGUUUGUGUUGCUAAACUUUAUGACAUCAAUGCACAACUAGUUGAUGAUCAAGGGUUUUUGGAACAAUUAAAAGAACUUUUAUCAGACUCUAAUCCUAUGGUGGUCGCUAACGCUGUUGCUGCUUUAUCUGAAAUGAAUGAAGCUAGUAUAACUGGUUCUCCAUUGAUUGAAAUGAAUUCACAAACUAUUAAUAAACUUUUAACUGCGCUGAAUGAAUGUACAGAAUGGGGUCAAGUGUUUAUUCUUGAUUCAUUAGCUAAUUACAGCCCAAAAGAUGAUCGUGAGGCACAAAGUAUAUGUGAACGAAUAACACCUCGAUUAGCUCAUGCUAAUGCUGCAGUUGUUUUAUCUGCUAUCAAAGUGUUAAUGAAACUAAUGGAAAUGUUGCCAACUGAUUCUGACUUUGUUACUACAUUGACUAAAAAACUUGCUCCACCGCUUGUUACUUUAUUAUCUACAGAACCAGAAGUUCAAUAUGUUGCUCUCAGAAAUAUUAAUUUAAUAGUGCAAAAGAGGCCAGAUAUACUUAAACAUGAAAUGAAAGUUUUUUUUGUUAAAUAUAAUGAUCCCAUUUAUGUCAAACUUGAGAAACUGGAUAUUAUGAUACGUUUAGCAUCACAAGCUAAUAUAGCACAAGUUCUUUCAGAACUGAAAGAGUAUGCCACUGAAGUUGAUGUUGAUUUUGUGCGCAAAGCAGUUCGUGCAAUUGGUCGAUGUGCAAUUAAAGUAGAGCAGUCUGCUGAACGUUGUGUGUCUACACUUUUGGACCUUAUACAGACAAAAGUAAACUAUGUAGUUCAAGAAGCAAUUGUCGUUAUCAAAGAUAUAUUCCGGAAAUACCCUAACAAGUACGAAAGCAUAAUAUCUUUAUUGUGUGAAAAUUUGGACACACUUGAUGAACCAGAAGCAAGAGCAUCUAUGAUUUGGAUAAUUGGAGAAUAUGCUGAACGUAUAGAUAAUGCUGAUGAACUUUUAGAAAGCUUUUUGGAAGGUUUCCAUGAUGAAAAUACUCAAGUUCAAUUGCAAUUAUUAACUGCUAUCGUUAAACUAUUUUUGAAGAGACCUACUGACACUCAAGAAUUAGUACAACAAGUCUUAAGUUUGGCUACCCAAGAUUCAGAUAAUCCAGAUUUACGUGAUCGUGGUUUUAUUUAUUGGAGAUUGCUGUCCACUGAUCCGGGUGCUGCCAAAGAUGUUGUACUUGCUGAAAAACCAUUGAUUUCCGAAGAAACCGAUCUUUUAGAACCAACUUUACUUGAUGAACUUGUAUGUCAUAUUUCUAGCCUUGCCAGUGUUUAUCAUAAGCCACCAAAUGCAUUUGUUGAAGGACGACCAGGAUUACGAAAAUCUUUACCAGCCAGAAAUGAAAAUACAUCUGCUAGUAAUGUUCCUCAAGCUGCAGUUAUACCCGCACCACAAGAAUCUUUGAUUGGAGAUCUUCUUAGUAUGGAUCUGACUACUCCAGCUGUUGUUCCGACAUCUGUUCAACCGCCUUCUGUCGAUUUACUUGCUUCUGGGUUAGAUUCAUUAUUAACCACAUCUGACUUACCAGCAGCUUCGUCAUCAAAUACAGGUUUGCUUGGUGACAUUUUUGGAUUUACACCCACACCAGUAUCUUAUUCUCCGCCUAAACAACUUUGGCUACCAAGUGAAAACGGAAAAGGAUUAGAAAUUAUGGGAACAUUUUCGAGGAAAAAUGGACAAAUUAGUAUGGAUAUGACUCUCAAGAACAAAGCUAUGCAACCAAUGAGUGGAUUUGCUAUUCAGUUAAACAAAAAUUCUUUUGGCUUGACACCAGCCCGUCCGUUACAAGUAUUAAACCCAUUAUUGCCAACCGCGUCUUAUGAAACCAGCUUAGCUCUUGCGACUACUGGACUUGUGCAACGAAUGGAACCCAUAACUAAUCUUCAAGUGGCAAUAAAAAAUAAUAUUGAUGUUUUAUAUUAUGCUUGUAUUAUUCCAAUGAAUGUAUUUUUUAUCGAAGAUGGUCAAAUGGAUAAGCGAGUAUUUUUGAAAACUUGGAAAGACAUACCUGCAGAGAAUGAAGUGCAAUUCACUUUGAAAAAUGUUCUUUGCAAUACAGAGGCUAUUGUCUUGAAGAUGUCACAAAAUAAUGUGUUUACAAUAGCUAAAAGACACGUUGAAGGCCAGGACAUGUUAUACCAGUCAUUAAAGUUGACGAAUGGUAAUUGGGUGUUGAAUGAACUUAAAAUUCAGCCAGGAAAUCCAAACAUAACUCUUUCAUUAAAGUUACUGGCUAUGGAAGUUGCACAGGGAGUUUUCCAAGCAUACGAUGCUAUCCUUCAUUCAUAGAAACUUAAAUUAAUAAGUAAGUUAAUUCCAAGUAUUUGUAUGAGUUGUAUAACUGUAAGUAGGUAGUCAUAAUAUAAGCUUUCAUUAUCAAAUACAUACUAAAGUAUUUUAAUUAAAAUGUUAGCUACCUAUUUAUUUAUUAUUUAUUCACAAUACAUGAAUAUUAAAUCGAAAUAUGUUUGUUUUAAAAUUAAACUUUUUUAUAUUAGCAUUACAAUAUUAUUAUGUUGAUUUUUUUUCCAUUAUGUAUUUUGUUAUUUAUACAUGCAAAUAUUAUUUAAUUAUAAUAUUAUUAACAUUUUUUUUGAUAAAUAUUUUUAUUGAAGUAAAAUAUACUACAUUUAUUUAAACCUUACUCAAGUAUUAAAUAAAAAUAUAUAAUUAUAAGUUAUAACCAUAUAUAGAUAAUAUUAUAGCAAACAAUAAUAAUAUAUUAUAAUAUACAUAUUAUUAGUUAUAAUA